AUGCGCGAUGAGACGCCGUCCACUUCAAAAAAGGAGUCAUCUGUUCGAUUCGCGGACGAUGUUCGAGAUAAUGAAAAAGUUGUCGAUUUAGAUCAAUGUCAGUCUGACGAUGCAGCAAGUUUAAGUGGUCAGUCGAGGAGUGGCGAAGGUGAGGAUGACCACGAGGACGUUGUACCGAUACUGGUGGCAAAUUUCUCACAAGAACAACUGGCGCGAUACGAGUCUUUUCGUCGAUCGUCAUUCCCGAAGAGCACUAUGCGAAGGUUGAUCCAGCAGUUUACGGGCGUUACGGCCGGUCAGAAUGUGGUUAUAGCGGUCGCAGGUUUAGCGAAAGUUUUUGCUGGUGAACUUGUCGAAGAAGGUCUGAGAAUUCCUGUUUUCUGUUCUAUCACAAAAUUUCUGUUUGAAUUCAUUUUCCAACACGAAAAAGUGUGUUUAUUCCCUUGA